CCAACCUCACUGGCAUGGGAAGUAAAGAAGAUGUCUCCAGGACGCCAUGUGAUUCCAAGCCCAUCAACAGAUAGAAUGAAUGUAGCAUCAACUGCAAGAAGAAGCUUAAAUUUUGGGAGUUUACCUGGCACAGUAACUGCCCCAUGUCUGGCUCCUACAGGUGUCAGUUGGGCCGACAAGGUAAAGGCUCAUCAUACUGGCUCUGCCACAUCUGAUGUAACACCUGCUCAAGCCUGUGCACCAACAACAGUGCAAAAGACGUCCCGCAAAAAUGAACGGAAAGAUGCUGAAGGAUGGGAAACUGUUCAGAGAGGAAGACCAGUUCGUCCCCGAUCCACAGCCGCGAUGCCACGGGCUUUACUGGUGACAGAAACUUUAAGGUCAAAGGAUGACAGUGAUAAGGAAAAUGUGUACCUUUUACCUGGAGAAAGGACAUCGAAGGGUGAUCUUGUUGAAGACAGACCUUCUGUUGCUGAAUCUCUGUCCAAAGACUCACCACAUUCGUCUGACCGUCCUCUUGCUGAGAGAACUCAGUCCAUGGCAGAAGUUCUUGCUAAAAAAGAAGAGCUAGCAGAUCGUCUAGAGAAGGCCAAUGAGGAAGCCAUUGCCAGUGCUAUUGCUGAAGAAGAACAGUUAACUAGAGAAAUCGAAGCUGAAGAAAACAAUGACAUUAAUAUAGAGACUGACAACGACAGUGAUUUUUCUGCUAGCAUGGGCAGUGGGAGUCUAUCUUUCUGUGGUAUAUCUAUGGAUUGGAAUGAUGUUCUUGCAGAUUAUGAAGCUCGUGAAUCUUGGCGUCAAAAUACAUCCUGGGGGGAUAUUGUAGAAGAAGAACCAGCUAGACUUCCCGGGCAUGGAAUUCACAUGCAUGAAAAACUUUCUUCACCAUCUCGUAAAAGGACUAUUGCAGAAUCUAAGAAGAAAUAUGAGGAGAAGCACAUGAAAGCUCAGCAGUUAAGGGAAAAGCUACGUGAAGAGAAGACACUAAAGCUUCAAAAGUUGUUAGAAAGGGAGAAAGAUGUCCGAAAGUGGAAGGAAGAAUUACUAGAUCAACGGCGUAGGAUGAUGGAAGAGAAAUUACUUCAUGCUGAAUUUAAACGAGAGGUACAGCUACAGGCAAUUGUGAAGAAAGCUCAAGAGGAAGAAGCUAAGGUAAAUGAGAUUGCCUUCAUAAACACCCUUGAAGCUCAGAAUAAACGCCAUGAUGUUCUAUCAAAAUUGAAGGAAUAUGAGCAGAGGCUUAAUGAAUUACAGGAAGAACGUCAGAGAAGACAAGAAGAAAAGCAAGCUCGUGAUGAGGCGGUGCAGGAACGCAAGAGAGCCCUAGAGGCAGAACGGCAGGCCCGUGUAGAAGAAUUGUUGAUGAAGAGAAAAGAGCAAGAAGCCCGAAUUGAACAACAGAGGCAAGAGAAGGAAAAAGCCCGUGAAGAUGCAGCCCGAGAAAGAGCUAGAGACAGGGAAGAGCGGUUGGCAGCACUCACAGCAGCUCAGCAGGAAGCUAUGGAAGAGCUGCAGAAAAAAAUUCAGCUCAAGCAUGAUGAAAGCAUUCGAAGGCACAUGGAACAGAUUGAACAAAGGAAAGAAAAGGCUGCUGAGUUAAGCAGUGGGCGACAUGCAAGUACUGAUUAUGCCCCUAAACUGACCCCUUAUGAAAGAAAGAAGCAGUGUUCUCUCUGCAAUGUCCUGAUCGCUUCCGAAGUUUAUCUCUUUAGCCACAUUAAAGGGAAAAAACAUCAGCAAGCUGUGAGAGAGAAUAGCAGUAUCCAGGGGCGUGAACUUUCAGAUGAAGAAGUGGAACAUCUGUCUUUGAAGAAAUAUGUUGUUGACAUUGUGAUUGAAAGUGCAGCUCCACCAGAGCCUGUGAAAGAUGGAGAAGAACGGCAAAAGAAUAAGAAAAAAGCUAAAAAGAUAAAGGCGCGGAUGAACUCCAGGGCUAAAGAAUAUGAGAGUUUAGUGGAAACCAAAAUUUCUGGCUCCGAUUCACCUUAUAAAGCAAAGCUUCAAAGAUUAGCCAAAGAUCUUGUAAAACAACUUCAAGUACAAGACAGUGGCUCCUGGGCAAACAAUAAGGCUUCAGCUUUGGAUCGGACCCUUGGUGAGAUUGCCAGAAUACUGGAGAAGGAGAAUGUGGCAGAUCAGAUUGCAUUUCAAGUUGCUGGUGGAUUAACAGCCCUUGAACACAUCCUUCAAGUAAUGGCCCCUGCCUCAAACAUGAACACAGUUUCACGAAUUCCUCCUAAGUCUCUCUGCAAUGCAAUCAAUGUUUACAACCUCACCUGCAAUAACUGUUCAGAAAAUUGCACUGAUGUUCUGUUUAGUAACAAGAUUACCUUCUUAAUGGAUCUCCUGAUACACCAACUGACGGUUCACGUUCCAGAUGAAAAUAAUGCUGUUUUGGGAAGAAAUACAAAUAAACAAGUAUUUGAAGGAUUGACAACUGGACUUCUCAGAGCCGGUGCUGUGGUUUUUAGCUGUCUGAUUGCCAACCGACCAGAUGGAAACAGCCGGCCAGCAACACCAAAAAUACCAACACAGGAAAUGAAAAACAAACCCUCACAAGGUGAUGCUUUUAAUAGUCGAGUUCAAGACCUUAUCAGCUAUGUGGUGAACAUGGGUCUGAUUGACAGACUGCAUGGCUGCUUCCUCUCAGUGCAAGGCCCAGUGGAUGAGAAUCCCAAGAUGGCCACAUUUCUGCAGCAUGCCACAGGAUUCUUACGUGGGAUGUGUGCCCUAUGUUUUGCUGUCACUGGAAGGUCCUUCAGCAUAUUUGACAAUAAUCACCCGGAUCCCACAGGGCUGACAGCUGCUCUUCAGGCCACAGACUUGGCUGGAGUUCUACAUAUGCUCUACUGUAUCCUCUUCCAUGGCACCAUCUCAGACCCCAGCUCUACCAGUCCCAAGGAGAGUUACACCCAGAACACCAUCCAAGUAGCCAUUCAGAGUUUGCGUUUCUUCAACAGUUUCGCAGUUCUUGAUCUGCCUGCUUUUCAGUCUAUUGUAGGGGCAGAGGGCUUGUCCCUUGCAUUCCGUCACAUGGCUAGCUCCUUGCUGGGCCACUGCAACCAAGUCUCCUGUGAAAGCCUCCUUCAUGAGGUCAUCGUCUGUGUGGGCUACUUCACUGUCAACCACCCAGAUAACCAGGUAAUUGUACAGUCCGGCCGCCACCCAACGGUGCUACAGAAACUCUGCCAGCUGCCCUUCCAGUAUUUCAGUGACCCAAGGCUCAUCAAAGUGCUGUUCCCUUCGCUUAUCGCUGCAAGCUACAACAACCUUCAGAACAAGAUCAUCCUGGAGCAAGAAAUGAGCUGCGUUUUACUGGCCACAUUCAUCCAGGACUUUGCACAGACUCCAAGUCACGUGGAUAACCAGUCUUCUUAUCCCAAAGGAAAACUCGGGAACCUCGGGGACUACCUGGAGCUGGCUAACAGAUUUCCUCAGCAGGCCUGGGAAGAAGCCCGGCAAUUUUUCUUGAAAAAAGAGAAAAAAUAAAUGUUUUUUAGCUUAUUGUAUAUUUGAACCUUUGUUAGUGUUGUGCAUUGUUCCUUAGGGCUUCCCGGUGUGUUUACACUCUCCUCUGCGGAUGUGCUCUUCUGUGCACUGUUUAUAUAGACUGCACACAUUGGACUGUUCUUCCUAAUUUUGUAAAUUGAGUUUGUUUCAUUUAUGCACAAUAUUUUGGCGUUUGUUUACUUCCAUACUGUAUAAUUUGCAUUUGUAAUAUGGGUAAAAUUAGACUUAAAAUUAGCAAAUAUUGUGAUGUAGUAACACAGUUUUCAAUGUUGACUUUUCACGUUAAAGCUGCACAAAUCUGAGAAAGUGUUAAGACAUUUAACCUGCUCUAAGUUUUUCUUCUAAAGCUUGGAGUUGAGACCUGUGUAACUAACACUUUCCAUAAGUAAGCCUUGGGACUGUUUGAAAUUAGAAUACCCAGUCACUGGUCGGGAACUUCCCUGGGAGAAAGCACUGUGAACUAUUAGCUUUGCUAACCUAAAUUUAGUGUUCAAAAUAAUAAUAAAAAAAAUUUAAUGUGGGAGCAUCAAGUAUUUUCUUAAAUAAUUUAUUUGAAACAACACAAAAGUAAAAGAAACAGUUAGGGUGACCUUGUCUCUGAGUAUAAGGCAGUCAUGGGCACACAGCUAGCUCUGUCUGGGCCAGGCAGGGGGACAGGGUGGGGCUUGAGGGUCUCCUCCUUAAGUGGUCCUGUGCUGAGCCUGAGUGGCAUUGCUAAUUAAUAAUUACCAAGAAAGACCUGGCACAGGAAGCUGAACACAAGAAAUCUUACCUUUCUGCAAACAAACAAACAAAAAAUACUUACCUAAUAUUCCAGGCACUUCUUUUUGAAACCUCACGGCGCUGCAGUUAUGUGUGUUCAAUUUUUUACUGUUUUACAAAUUGAAAGAAAAUAAAGAGGUGGGAUGUCAA